AUGAAUGACUUUCACCCUGAGUGGAUUUGGGGCGAUGACGCCGAAACGACCGUCUUCGCCCAAGGGUACGGCAACGAUCGCACCAUCAUCUUCAGUUUCUCUCUUGACGCAUCCAAGCCUCCGACCUCUCUCGCGAAUCACAUCUGUGCUUGUAUGCAUGGAAUUGAAGUCGAUGACGUUUCGAAAUCAUUCGAGCACAGCGCGGCCAUGCGCGAGGCCUUGUGA